AUGGCCGGUCAUGGAGAUACCGUGAUGCAGCUGAUUGUCGACACUCUUGCCAAAGAAGGAAACAUACAAAACACUGCAAAUCUGAAAUUACCUGAUGGAGUCGACCAGCUGACACUAUUAGGCUUCAUCAACAGUUUAAAUAGUAGAGAGAUUGUCACAUAUACGACGAUAGAACGUGAUGUUUUGGUGCUGACCGAUGAAGGACUGGAUAUUGCUGAACAAGGAAGUUGGGAAGCUCGUUUGUUUCAUCACGUUCAGCAGCACCCAGGCGUAGGUCCAUCUGAAGUCUCGAAACAACUUGGAGAUACAAUGAUCAAAGUUGGUCAAGGACAAGCCAUGAAGGCAAAGUGGCUGAAGCUUGAAGACAAGAAGCUAUAUCCAAAUGUCGAAACAAUUGUGGAUCAAGUCCAGAUAGAGUUGAGAUCAAUACAGCGGGAUGGUGCUCAUCCAGAUCAAAUGAAAGUGAAGGAACUCAUCAAACGAAAGCUAGCGAAAACAAAAACACUGGCCUCAUAUUGUCUUGAAAAGGGACCCAAGUUUACAACCAAGUUAGAGAAGGAAGCCACCGAAAUUACUGAUGAGAUGAUCAAAUCAGGGUCAUGGAAGACACAAACCUUCAAAAAGUACAAUUUCAAUGCAUUGGGUGUCUUGCCGACUGGUGGUCACCUACAUCCACUGCUGAAAGUCCGUCAAGAAUACCGUGAGAUCUUCUUUGAGUUGGGGUUCACUGAAAUGCCAACAAACCGUUUUGUUGACUCGUCAUUCUGGAACUUUGAUGCCCUCUUUGUUCCACAAAGACACGCAGCCCGUGAUUUACAAGAUACCUUUUACGUCAAAGAUCCAGCUACAGCUGGUUCUCCCCCUCCGGAUCUGGUGGAACGUGUUCGACAAGUGCACUCGGAAGGUGGUUAUGGAUCAAUAGGGUAUCAAGUGCCAUGGAAUAUAGAAGAGUCGCAAAAGCUAUUACUGAGAACACAUACUACUGCCAUCACGUCGUCUAUGCUGUAUGCUCUGGCUCAAGAGAAAGAGUUCAGGCCCGUCAAAUACUUUUCAAUUGAUCGUGUCUUCCGUAAUGAAGCACUGGAUGCUACACAUUUAGCAGAAUUCCAUCAGAUAGAAGGUGUGGCAGCUGAUAGGAAUAUUCGUCUGGGAGAUCUGAUAGGAACAAUCAAUCUCUUCUUCAAAAAGCUUGGCAUCGAAAAGAUCCGCUUCAAGCCAGCAUACAAUCCAUACACCGAGCCAUCCAUGGAAAUCUUUUCAUGGCACGACGGGCUCAACAAGUGGGUAGAAAUCGGAAACUCUGGCAUGUUUAGACCUGAACUGUUACGACCGCUUGGGCUACCUGAAGAUGUCCGUUGCUUCGGAUUUGGAUUGUCGCUGGAACGACCCACCAUGAUCAAAUACAAGCUCAACAAUAUUCGAGAUUUGGUUGGACACAAAGUUGAUUUGGCAGGUGUCCAGGUUAAUCCCAUUGCUCGGAUGGACAAGAACUGA